AAAUUACCGGACUUUAAUGGCAGGCAAGAGAUCACAAAGUCAGAACCUUAAAAAAAAUACCAAACCCAAGAAGAAGAAUACAAGGAAGAAGAAAAAGAGCAACUCUGCGAACAAGAAAACUGAUAUAAAACAACAAAAAUUGCAAUUUCAGCCUCUCCAGAAGAUUAAGGAGGUAACUGAGAAUUCUGAGGCAGGGAGCAAGAGACGUCCUACCAGCUCUAGCAGUAAGAGACGAAGUUCUUCAGCAGGAGUUCAUUUGACGGAAACUUGCCAAAAAUCCAAAAUGAAAAAAAUUCUCAAAAAGAAUAAUUAUAAUAACGACGACGAAGAAACCAAAAUGAGUGGCUAUAAUGCUGACAUUGACUCGAGUAAUAAAUAACGACAAUGUCAAAUCCAAAGGAAAAAAAACCCUUACAAAAAGAAGUAAGAAAUUGCAAGGAGCUAAAAAGAAAAAUAAGCCUCAGAAAAUAUCAAUGAAAGAUCUUAAAGACUUUGAUCCCUACAAGACACCUUGAAACUCUUCAGGUGUGAAAGAUCCAAUAGAGGAGGAUGAGGAAGGAAAGAAGUCUCCAGAUUCUCUCCUAAAAGAGCUUGAUAACAUUCCUUCUUUCAACCCUCAUAACUACUCCAACGUAAAGGAGUACUUAAGAGAGUAUAAUACUUACCAAAAGACCAAAGAAGUCCUGGAAGAAAUAAAAGAGCGGCAGAAUGCUAAAUUUUACACGAAAACUAAGAAAGCUGUGUAUUCAAAUCUAGAAGAUGCCUACAAUGACUUUCUGAAAGGAAAUAUCACGCACUUGCAGUAUGAAGAGUUUAAAUAAGAUUUAUCAGAAGAGAAAAUCAGUCUGCGAACUUCAAGACAAAACUCAUAAAGAUUACGUAAUUCUGGAUAAGGCUAACAAGCAGAAAUAAGACAUUAGGGGAUUAUUUCUCCACCAAUACCUCCAAGAUGAACAUGGAACAAAGGAAGAAGUUAAGAAAAAUGAUGACUAAAGACCUAAAUUUCAGAGAGAGCAAAGAUCCUUUAGUAAAAGAUAAAAUCGGUCAGCAGAAGACCGCUAGAAAGACUGGUGUAACCAAACCACAGAGUAUUAAGGAACUAGAGACUAAUGAAAACAUUAGUCCGAACCAGCAGAAAAUGAGCAAGGGAAGAGAAUCAGAUUUUGACAGUAUUGAAGAACUUCUAAAUAACUAA